GGAAAAUCAAACCGCAUCAGAAAAUGUGGCUCUACCACCAGUCCCUUGGUGUUGGGCUGCGAACAGGUUUGGUUCUGGCAGUUGGGCAACUUCGCGGAGCAAGAUCCUCACUCUUUGAAAAGCUCCAGGAGCAGCUGGGUGGCCCGGACGCCAGACGGGAAGGGAAGCCGUUCACCCGCCCGCCCAGACCGAGCGGCCCCGCCCCUCCCCGGCGGCCCCGCCCCGCCCCUUCUCGGCAUCCCCCUCCUUUCCUGGCUCUCCCGGCCGCCGGCGGAAGCAUGGGCGCGGGCUGGGAGCUGGGGGCUGCGGCGGGGCGCUCGCUGCUGCUGUGCUCCUCGCUGCUGGUCGCGGGCUGCGCGCUGGGCCUGCGCCUGGGCCGCGGGCGGGCGGCGACGGACCGCGGCGUGCUCGCCUGGCUGUGCUAUGACGCCCUGGUGCACUUCGUCCUGGGGAAAGAAAGCCAGGCCUGGGUACUCAAGACAGAGGAGCUGUGCAUGCUCAGGCCUGGAGGAGUAAAAACCAGCCUGAGGCCUUCUGAGAACACACGUAUAAGUGCCCUCAGCCCUGGCAAGGGAGCCCAAGGGGAGGGUCGGGGGCUCAUCACUGUUUGGCUACAGUGCUGGGCAGGGAAGAGUCUGGACCCCACGAGGCCUCACAACGGCCUGCCCUUCGUACCCCUGGGCUACCAUCCCUAUCCUUCCUUCCACCUCUAAGCCUGCCUGCCAAGGCACAGCUCUAGGACUACCUCCUCCUGGAAGUCUUCCCUGAUUGUCCCAACCAUAGGCCCCCUCAUCUUUUUCCAGUCUAUAUUGAAUUAGAAGUUGAUGUUACUCAGCUAGAUAAGCUCUCUGAGGCCAGGGCCCAGGCUAUUCUAAAGUUUAAAAAAUAAAUAAAUAAAUAAAUAAAUUUUAAAAAGUUCUGGCAAUUGAUUAAAAAAUGUUAUUCAAUUAGUAAUGUUAUUCUUUCUUCCAUGUCUCUUGUUCUCCCUGUCUGAUUUUUUUUAAUUAAAUUUUUUUUUGGCAGGGGGAGGUAAUUGUAGAUUCACAUGUGAUUAUAAGAAAUAAUACAGAGAAAGCCCAUGUACACUUGGCUUAGCUUUCCCCAGUGGUAACAUUUUUCAAAACUAUAGUGUAAGGGUACCUGGGUGGCUCAGUCGGUUAAGCAUCUGCCUCUUGAUUUCGGCUCAG